GGGCACGGCGCUGCCUGCGCGACGCCGCCGCCCCGCACGCAGCCGGAGCCGGGACCGGGACCGGGACCGUGACCGGAUCGUGACCGAACCGUAACGGGUGCCGACGGUCCCGGCGGCUCAAAGCCGGCCUGGCCAUGACCGCGGAGGAGAAGAGGAGCCUGCAGUGCUACAGGCGGUACAUCGAGAGGAGCCUGAACCCCGUCUACAUCCUGAGCAACAUGUCGGACUGGCUGUCGGACGAGAUGAAGGAGAGAGUCCGGAAGGAGGAGGAGAAGGGGGUGACGGCGGCCGCCGCGCUGUUUCUGGACAUCAUCCUGCAGCUGGAGGCGGAGGGCUGGCUCCGGGGCUUUCUGGACGCCCUGGCUGCAGCAGGUUAUACUGGGCUAGCAGAAGCGAUUGAAAACUGGGACUUCAGCAAACUGGAAAAACUGGAGUUGUACAGGCAGCUGUUGAAGCGGAUAGAAGCAACAAUGCUGGAAGUUGAUCCAGUAGCACUCAUGCCCUACAUGAACAGCUGCCUGAUAGAAAGGGAGUGUGAUGAGAUCCUGCAGAUUAGUGAAUACAGAAGCAAAGCAGCUGGGAUAACUAAACUCAUUGAAUGCCUCUGUCGAUCGGACAAGGAAAACUGGCCGAAAAGCCUUCAGCUGGCACUAGAUAACACAGGAUACUACAAUGCAAGUGAACUGUGGGGCAUUAGAGAAGAUCGUGGCAAAGAUGUUGACGGUGAAAUGGCAGACGCCUCUGAAAGCAGCUUUGAAAUCAGGAUGACAUUUUCUGAAGAAGCAGAAUGUGACAAUAACCUCAGUGAAAAUGUCAGUUCAGCUUCAGGGACCUAUCAGUCUUCAGCUGUUUAUGAACCAAAGGAGGCUCGGAGCUACCAGAUUGAACUUGCACAGCCUGCUAUCAAUGGGAAGAACACAUUGAUAUGUGCUCCCACAGGAUCUGGAAAAACUUUUGUGGCGAUUCUGAUUUGUGAACACCAUUUCCAAAACAUGCCCACAGGACAAAAGGCGAAAGUUGUCUUUCUUGCAACUAAAGUGCCAGUGUAUGAACAACAGAAAAAUGUGUUCAAACAGCAUUUUGGAAGAAGUGGAUAUUCUGUUCAAGGAAUUUGUGGUGAAAUAGUUGCAAAUGUCUCUGUAGAAAAGGUUAUACAGGACAGCGACAUCAUUGUGCUAACACCUCAGAUUCUUGUGAAUACCAUCAAGAAAGGAACGCUUAGCUCCCUCUCCAUCUUCACUCUGAUGAUAUUUGAUGAAUGCCACAACACUACGGGCAACCACCCUUACAAUGUGUUAAUGACCAAAUACCUGGAACAAAAAUUUGACUCCUCUGCAAACCAGCUGCCACAGAUUGUAGGUUUAACUGCUUCUGUUGGAGUUGGUAAUGCCAAGGACAUCACUACAACUGAAGAGCACAUCUGUACCCUCUGCUCCUACCUUGACAUACAGGCCAUUUCCACUGUCAGAGAGAACAAAGAGGAACUGCAGCGAUUCAUAAACAAACCAGAGACAGAUGUCAGACUGGUUAGAAUGCGACUUCAGAAUCACUUUGCAGACAUUAUUUCAGGUCUCAUGUCUGAGACAGAGGCAAGGAUGAGGGAGAUCUACUCACUGGAUGAUAUCUCUCAAAUGAACAAGAAUGAUUUUGGAACGCAGAAAUAUGAACACUGGAUAGUUACCACACAGAAGAAAUACAGACUGUUGCAGCUGGCAGACAAGGAGAAGGAGAGCAGCAUUUGCAGAGACAUUUUCAUCUGCACUGAGCACCUGCGUAAAUUCAAUGAUGCUCUCAUCAUCAGUGAAGAUGCCCGUAUUGAAGAUGCUUUAGCCUACCUAACUGAAUUUUUCACAAAUGUCAAAAACGGACCAUUUACAGAAUUAGAGAAGCAGCUGACAGCCAGAUUUCAAGAGAAAGAACCAGAACUGACUGCCCUUUCAAAGGAUCAAUCAAAUGAGAAUCCCAAGCUGGAAGAGCUUGCUGCCAUCCUGGAUGAAGCAUACCGCUACAACCCACAGACUCGCACUCUUCUCUUUGUUAAGACAAGAGCCUUAGUAGCUGCUUUGAAGAAGUGGAUGAAAGCAAACCCUCUGCUUAGCCACAUAAAGCCAGAUGUGUUGAUGGGUCAUGGAGGAAGAGAUCACAAAACAGGUAUGACCCUCCCAAUGCAGAAGGCUGCACUGGAUGCAUUCAAAACGGACCAGGACAGCAGACUGCUAAUUGCUACAUCUGUUGCUGAUGAAGGCAUCGAUAUUUCUGAGUGCAACCUUGUUGUGCUCUAUGAAUACGACGGUAACCUCACCAAAAUGAUCCAAGUCAGAGGUCGUGGAAGGGCAAGAGACAGCAAGUGCAUCCUUGUGACGAGCAGAGCAGACGUGGUUGAGAAUGAGAAACAUAACUGUUAUAAAGAAGAAAUGAUGAACGAAGCUAUUGAAAACCUACAGAAUUGGGAUGAAACAAUAUUCGCAAGAAAGAUACAAGAGCUGCAAAUGAAGGAAAAUGUAUUACGAGAUUCCAGGAAGAAAGAAACAAGACCUAAGGGAGCGGAAGGGAAAAAAAAUCUUCUGUGUGGAAAAUGCAAAGCAUAUGCCUGCAGUACAGAUGACAUCAGAGUUAUAAAGGAAUCUCAUCACACUGUCAUAGAAGAUGCGUUCAAGGAGCGUUAUAUGACAAAGCCUCACAAGAAGCCAGUCUGUUUUGAUUGUUUUGAGAAAAGGAGCAAAAUGUAUUGCCAAAAUGCUGACUGCCACCAUGACUGGGGAAUCACAGUGAAGUACAAGACGUUUGACAAUCUACCCGUGAUCAAAAUCAAAAGCUUUGUAGUAGAGGAUGUUGAAACCAGGACACAAAUGGAUUUUCAGAAAUGGAAACUUAUUAAUCUCUCUUGGAAGAAUUUUGAUGAUGAAGAAACAUCCAGCUAAACUCAGCAUUUUAGUGCAUGUAUCACCCUACUGCACUAAAUAGCAGAUGUUUCCAUGUAUUAAAAAGCUAUUUUUCUUUGUGCUGCCUGACAUGUUAGGCCUGCCUCAUCCAGCAUCUGGCUAGAUUAAAAAAGGCCAGUAGGGCCACUACAAGAAAUCUGCCACAUAAUGAAACAUUUCACUAGACUUUUUAAUAUAAGCAUGGUCAAACAUGCUCCUAAGCAUCUAUAUCCUAAUCUUUGCUGCUACGAUAAAGUUGGUCUGAAAAAACAAAAUCAAGUUGAAUGACUAACAAAACAUCUAGUUUUAGGUGAUAGGCCACAACAUCAAGCAUUUCUGUCCCAAUCAGAAUCCUCUUUGUUACCAGUAACUUCUGGUUGCAGACAAAAUGGCUUAUGCAUGAGACAUUUAAAGCACUAUUUUAGCUACUUUUAAAGCUUUUCAAAAAUUACUUUUAAUGCUCUAGGCGUUUUUGGUAUACAGAAAAUUAAGAGAAAAUGUCCUGUAACUUUUCUGUAAGGAAGAUGUGGCAUCUUUUAAAUCCAUCUUUAAUAGAGAACACUUCUGCAACAGUCUGAGAAAAGCAGUAGGGCUUCACAGACACUUCCUGGAGGAGGCAUCUUCUGCAUUGAAAUGGUAGCAGUUUUCUUCUAUCAUUGGACAUUUGUCAUGUUGCAGUUCCAGCACUUUCAGAAUGGACACCUUUCUAUGUGUUGCUUAACUGAACAAGCCCCAAGCGGGACAGGCAGUGCCCUGUGAGAUAGAUGAAGGUUCAAUUUAGAUGGUGAUUAGCAUUUACCCUGAUGUCUUGUCUCGGGAAUUGGCAUCUGAAAUUUCUUAAGAUGCAAAUAUUCAUUCUGCAGAGUUCUUGUCAGGGCUGAUCUAGAACUGGAACAAGUGUCCCUACCCAGAUCCCAGACUUAGGUCAGAAAAAACAGGAAUUGCUACAGACACAGUUAUAAAACAUUGUUAAACCUAUACACUUUAAAGCACUUGUUGAUUGUUCAUCUCUUCACCAAGCUCACUCUUCAAUAUUUCUGUAGCCAGGAUCAAACAUAUUUUCAGUUCACUUUAUGCAUUUCAUAGUGUGGUAAGAUAUGUAUGUGGAAGAAUUAUGUGUUUGAAAAACUUGAACUCUGAAGAAAAUAAAUCACCAUGAACAGGAACCUAACAUGGAGUAAAAAUAUUACUUUAAACUACCUAAACCUUAAUCAGUGAGACUUAUGGUGUUCCUUUAAACUACGGCAUUAAAAGCAAAACAACUUCAUGUCCCAUCCUGGUCCCUGCCUUUUACGGUGAGAGCUGUCCGUACUGUACAGGAAGCCUGAAUAUCAGUCCUACAGUAACUUACUCUGUGCUUACUUUUUUACCUAGUAAAUUUGCUGUUCUAAUAGCUGCUUCCAAAAAUGAAUCAGAGAAGAAUGGAUAAAGAUUAUUUAUGGCUGGAUAAUGCCUCCCCCCAAAAAUAUUAGGAAAAAAUAUUUUUUAAAAGGCUAAUUUAGUACUUUGAAAUUUUUACUGGAAAAAUCACAGCCUUUGAGUAUGAGUUAGCUGUGUGAAAGGGCCAUCUACUUUGGGACUCUGGGCAUAAAAUAUAACCAGUCUGAAGUUUCACAGCUUAUAGUAAUAACUACUGGGAUUUGAGGAGUUUUAGUCUUUCCCUGUUGUUUGAAUGCAAGGUUUUCAGACUAAAACAACUCUGCAGUUGAGCUUAAAUUAGUAUAAUAAAGGCAGAUGAGGUAACACAUUAAUAAGAAUUCAACUUGAUACAACAAGCCUGCCUUCAGUAUGCAGUGGAGAUGGGAGGGUGGGGAAGAACACCAGCACUUGGUCUUUGAGAAUCUUUGCAUUCUUUUUUUGCAAUUGGACCCAAAGUUGCAGAUUUAUUACCAACUAGUGCUCAAGAUUCUCGCCAUAUUGACAGCUCUCUGUUAAGAUGUUUCACAGAAUCAGAGAACAGCUGAUGUUGGGAGUGUCCUCUAGAGGUCAUCUUGUCAUCUACUGCAGUUUGCCCAGGGCCACAUGCAGACAGCAUCUAACCAUCUCCAAGGAUGAAGAUGCAACAACCUCUCGGGAAUCUCUUCCAGUCAGUGCUCCAUCAGCCUCACAGCGAACCGGUGUCUCCCGAUGUUCAGAUGGAACCUCCUGUGUUUCAGUUUGCACCCACUGCCUCUGGUCACAUCACUAGGCAGUACAGAAGAGAGCCUGGCUCCAUCCUCUUUGUGCCUUCCGUCCGGGUAUUUGUACACAAACAGCCUUCACUGGGCUAAACAGACCUGGCUCUCUCAGCUUCUCCUCAUAUGAGAGAUGCUUCAGACCCUGGAACACCUUAGCAGGACUCUACAAGUUUUCACAGAGGAGGUGUUUGUUGGACUAAGCAAGAAUAACCUGUUGCAGGUACAGUGAAAUCUCUAUCCCCUCCUUAUGACUCUUGACUUCUUUCAGAACUACUUUCAUUGUUUUCCAGGUACAGCUGGAGCUGACCGCACUAAAAAUACAUUAGGAGAUUACUUUGAAAUGAUUUCUCUGCUAUGUUCAUUGUUGUGGCAGUUGCUCUAGAAUUAAGAGUAAGAAUUAGUAUGAUAACGUUGUUUAUCUCUGAGUAAGAGGAUAUUUGUUGUCACUGUAAACAGAUUCACGUGGUAUUGUGGAUAUGGCAGUCACUGACUUCAAUGAACACAUUGCUGUAACAAGUGUUUGCUAACUGCCAUAAAAGUUGUUGACACGCAUCUUGAAAUUGUGAUGGAUUGUCUCCUUGAGAUCACAAAACAGAAGGAAGUACAUCACACUGUUAUUCUGUUUGAUCACAAAGGAUUGCCAGUAUCUGACAGUAUUUGUAUUCAUUCUGCCUCAUGCACAUUUUUUAAAGAAAAAAGAAUUAAAAGAUUAGAAGUCAAGACUUGUAUGACUCUUCUCCUACAGAGAAAAUAAAAGAUGUUUAAAGUCAAA